AUGUCAGUUAAUCACCACGCCGUGGACGUUCCCGUCACCGAUCUCGAUGACGAGGACGAUAUUCUCUUUGAAGAAAGGCACAAUAUGCUCCACGACGUGUCGGAUCUCGAUUUUGAGCGUCCUGAACCCACUAUUUCUUCAAAAAUGAAAAACUGGUUUUCGAGACCGCCAGAAAACAGCUACGAAAUGGUCAAUUUUGACGACUUGGGAUCUUCCGAUAGCUUCGAUUUAAACAAACAACCCGAACCCAAGAUCUUGCGAACACGAAGAAGGCUUUUCCUUUCUUUUGGGUCACUUCUUCUCAUUGGUGUGGUCGCAAUAGUUUUCUACAUUUUUGGAAAACUGUCCGGUUCAAACGUUUCCCAUUCAUUCAAGCGGAUACUAUCCAACUCUACCCAUGACUUCUAUCCCACCACCAUUGUGGUAUCUCUAGAUGGGUUUCAUCCUCAUUACAUCAACGAGAAGAGGACUCCUACUCUCCACAAUAUGAUGAUCAGUGAUUACGGAGCUCCCUAUAUGACACCUUCAUUUCCAUCUUCCACGUUUCCUAACCACUGGACAUUGAUCACAGGCCUAUACCCAUCGGAGCACGGCAUAGUUGGCAACACUUUUUACGAUCCACAAUUGCAAAAACAGUUUGUGAAUACCGAUCCUAAAAAAGGAGGCUUGGACCCUGAUUUUUGGCAGGGCGGCGAGCCGGUGUGGAAAACAGCCCACAACUAUGGUGUCAAGUCCGCAAUACACAUGUGGCCUGGAAGCGAGGUUCCUGGGGUUGGUAUAAAUGGUGGUCCGUUGCAUGUAGAUCGGUACAAUGGAAGUGAACCAUUAACUGCAAAAGUUGACCGGGUGAUUUCCUGGAUUGACAACGAUAUUGCCUCCAGGCCAGAGCUUAUACUCGCGUAUGUUCCAACCAUUGAUCUGGUGGGCCACAAGUACGGUAUAUCUGGUGAACAUCUCGACAAGUCGCUUCAAGAAGUUGAUAAAUUCGUGCUGUCGCUUUCGAGUGAACUUGAAAAACGUAACCUCAACAACAUUGUCAAUUUGAUAGUCCUUAGUGACCAUGGUAUGGCUCCGACGUCCAAUGACCGUUUGUUGUAUUUGGACGACGUUGUGGAUUUGAACAAGAUAGAACAUGUUGACGGAUGGCCCUUAUACGGACUUCGGCCCAAAUCCGACUACAGUGUGGAAGAAGCAUACAAAGACAUUAAGGCUGCGCUCAAAGGCAACGAGAACUUUCGUCUUUACAAAGUAGACGAGUUUCCCCCAGAAUGGAACUUUGGUGCUGGCCAUCGAUUCAGCUAUCGUCUUGCACCAUUGUGGAUUGUUCCGAACGUAGGAUAUGCUAUUACCACACACAAGAACAUGGAGGAGAACAACAAUGACUACAGCCCCAAAGGUGUACAUGGGUACAACAAUACUGAGUUGUUGAUGAGAGCAUUAUUUUUGGGUAAGGGCCCAUACUUUGAAACGCUACUUCAAGCCGAGAAGAAAGUCAAACCGUUUCCUAAUACGGAGGUAUACAACAUGAUAUGCGAGUCUUUGUUCAUAUCGCCAGCGCCAAACAAUGGGUCCUCUUCUUUUAUGGCGAAGAAUAGUCUUCCUACAGAUUGGAGAGAUAUGCUAGACUACCCCAGUUUACCCUUUGAGAUUGAGCAUAUUGUGAAUAAUUCUACUUAUGACAUGCUUUACAGAAGUGUCGAGCAACAGGAAACAAACCAAUCGCCUGUGGAGCAUGGAGAAAUCCACGAUCCAACUACCUUAGUAACAACCACCAAGCUGGCUGACCACAAAAAUGAGCACGAACACACCGUCACUGUCACCGCAUCUCCCAAUCCUAAACCGACAGAAUCGAAACCUCCCUCCUACUGGCGUCCAUCUUUCAAUAUUGGAGAGGGACUCAAGCAUUUGGGCCAUGAAAUCGAGCAAGGCGUGGGCAGUGUGGUGGAGGAGAUUGAGGAUACGUUGGGAGGGUUGUUUAGCGACGACAGAAACUUAUAA